ACUGGCAUAUGGCCCACAUGCCUGACCUUAUUUGCUUCUAGCUGGUUAGGUAUAGAGAUACACGUGUAGUCUAUUGGAGUUCGGUGCCAUGCCGUGAGCAUCCAUGGUCGUUUACUCUAGAAACAUUGCUUCUGCUGAGCUCAUGACUAGCGCUGUAAACUGGAGCGCCACGCCGUCUUCUACGGGCAAUGGAAGCAUCCAUAGGGCGGAAGACGCGGCGACACCAGAACAGGACGGUUGCUAUCGGGCAAAAAGAUAUGCCUUAAAGUUUGAUCCACCUUGCAUUUUCCUGGAGUAUGAGGACAUCAGCAAGAAGCGAAGGGUUCGUGCGGUAAAGCUUACGACGGUGCAAGCUAGCACGGACGUCGACCGGCUAACGCGGAAGGUAAUACGCAGUUUUCCUCGCAAGCUCGAUUCAGCUUCCGUGAAAUAUGACCAGGUUCGCAAACUGGUUGUCAAGCUGCUUGACUACCUCGCCGCAAACGAAGCAGCAGCAGCAGCCGGCAGCCACCUCAAUGGCGGCGGUCUGGGGGGCCUCUCCUCCCCCUCGACCAGCUCGGGGUCAGGCACGGCUAGCGGCGUCAUGAGCGCAUACGGCCAGGCGCCUCCGCUGCUUCCCACCUCCUCUCCCAGGACGGACACGCGCGGACGACUUUCGCCGUACUUUCCCAAUGGCAGCGGCGGUGGCGGCGGCGGGGCGUUCGCUAACGGUAACAACUAUCGGGCGAGUGUGGAAUCCACGAUGAGUCGUUUCUCCACAAGUACUGGGGGCAGCAGUGGAGAGGAUGAGGAGCGGGCAGCAGCGGGCGGAGCAGGCGGAGGCGAGGAGGGGCCGGAUGAGCUGCUGUCGGCUCUAGAUGACUUGUCUCGGGAGCUCGGACCAGGAGGAAUCGUUGUGUCUGCCUCCACACGGGUAUCCUCCGAAGUGGGUUCCUCCCACGAUUCGCCCUUCUCAUCUCGGGACCGACCCGUCGGGUCACUUAGCGGGCGGGUAGGGCCCGGCAGCAGCAACAGCAGCAGCGUAGAGGGCCCUGUGCUGGGUUGCGGCGGCGGCGCCAAGAGUCGAUUCGCGGUGGAGGCAGAGGCUGCGGAGAAGUUGGUGAUCGGGCUUGAGCUGUCUGGGGACCUGGAUUUGAACAAGGUGACCGAGGUGGAGCUCAAGAUGGCGAAGGCCGCCAUGGAGCAGGACUUCCGCAAGAACCAGCUGCGCCCCGGGGACCCGGGCUACGAGUACGACAAGCAGGAGGACUUCGGGCCGCCCGUGGAGCCCAACGACUGGGACGACAGCGACGAUGAGGAGGAGGGCGGAGCGGAGGCCUCGGAGGAGCCCGAGGUGGACUGGGCUGAGAUCCACGAGUCGGUGCGUAAACCCAGCAUCACCACACAGCAACCGCAACAGCGGCAGCAGCAGCAGAUCAAGGGAGGAGACUCGUCGACUGGGGACUUGUCGACGAGCGGCGCUGGCGGCAACGGCGGCAACAGCAGCCAGAGCCCGUACAACAGCAACGACUGGCCGUGAUGGCGAGGCAGCAGCAGCAGAUAGAUGUAAGCCAUGGAAGCAACGUAAGCUAGGCAUUGACGGGCUCAAGGGGGACUUCACUUAGCAACACUAAAAUCAUUAUAACAGAGGAUUUUAUAGCUGUGUGUUCUUUUAGGCUGUGCAGCGCAGGACGCGUUGCGCUGUGUUUCUUCUAUGUCGUACUUUUAGUCGUACGGUGUACUGGGAGUUAAGUCUUACGUGCUACCGGUAGCUUCAAUAGGAAACAUUAGAAAGCUUGUCGUCGAUGCCGGCUGCUGUUGCGGCUGCCUGUUUUGGGUGCGGUCAUGCGGGGCGGCGUUUUGUCCUUACAUACGUAGGGAAACACCUUAGAAACACACCUCUGGGCUUGUAACUGAGGUGGGCGUGCGUGCGUGAGUUACGGAGGAGGGCAGGUCUCUCCUUAGGCGGGGUGGCUGAUUGUGCGUGUGCGCGAUGAAUCGAACUGCGCGCAGGAGUAUACGGAACGUGAUGAAACACACACACACUGUUCGUACACACUUCACUUGUUAUGUGUGAAAAGAGCCCUCCAGCAUCCGAUGCUUCCGAGCUGCAUGAGUGCCGUGAGGCGUGUGCUGUCGGACAUGUACGGGGUACGGAAGACGCCUUUAUAUUUCAUGCGGUGUGUCUGUACGUUACGUGGCGUCUGCGGGAGACGGGUUUGCUUGUGUCUUUGGAUUUGCGUUCUUUAGCCUGUUGUUUGGGGGCUUUCGUACCUGUGUCGCAUGGACUGAUGCACCUUCGGUGGAGCAGGAGGAAGGGCUUCUCCAAAUGAAUUUUCCUCUCAAUGAAGUAGUAGUUUGACCUCUAGUUCCCUAACAAUAUAAGAAGCAUUCAUUUCAUUUAUGUUUGGACUGAACUGCUACUGUCGUGCAUGGUGGCGUUCCUCCGCUCCCUUUUACUCGACGCCACUGCGACGAGAGGUCUACAUGCGUCAUUCAUGGCCGUGACCGUGUGUAAUGAAGCAUGUGAACGGAGCAAAACGGCG